AACAAAUGUAAACAACCACCUCUGACUUGAAUGCCACCAACACCAAGUACCAACCUCUUUCAUUUCAAGUGUCCUUUACUUCCAACCACUUGUUCAUCUAUCUAGACUUUUAGUAACCCAGAAACCUGUGGCCUAUAUGCUUGCGCCGGUGUAGGCAGUGAAUACACGCGUCAUCACACUGUUCCUGCGUUCAAACCGGCAUAUCUCAGUGAAUAUUGAACAGGCUGUUACCGCCGCCUUUCGUGACAAUUUCGCCACAAUGACUUCCAUAGAUGGAGCUCCUCAUCUCUUAUCCCUCAAAGUGAUGCGCGUCUCACGACCUGCGUUGGCACCAUCAUGGGAACCAUUCUAUUCAAGUUCUCCUUCAUUCUCGUCUCGCUCUACAGCCUCAGUCAUGUCUUUGCAAACAACGGAAGCUUUACCUGGGCAUCCAAAGACUCUUCGAGAUUUCGACCUCACGGAAAUGCUCAUGCUCCCAGCUGCAUUCGGUGCCAUCCAAUUGGGGGAGACAUUCUCUAGCUGUCUCUCAGUAAACAACGAAACUGGUGUAGAGAUUGAAGGCGUUACUCUCCGAGUCGAGAUGCAAUCGACUACCACAAAAGUGAUAUUGGCCGAAUUCGGCGGACCUGAGUAUCGUCUAGCUCCCGGCGAUACCAUGGAGCAUGUCGUUCAUCAUGAGAUCAAAGAGUUAGGUCAACAUGUUCUUGCUUGUACCGUCUUCUACCGGCUACCGGCUGGUGCGCGUCCACACCCAACGUCGUCUGAAUCUCACGAUCCUACUAUCCAAUCAUUUCGCAAGUUCUAUAAAUUUGCAGUCACUAAUCCGUUGUCGGUCAAGACGAAAGUACACUUGCCUCGUUCACCCUCUGCCCUGUUAUCUGCAACCGAACGGGAGAAGGUCUUCUUGGAAGUGCACAUCCAGAAUUUAACUCAAGAUGCUAUGUGGCUGCAACGUAUGCAUUUCGAAUGCACGGAUGGUUGGGAAGUUGUGGAUGCCAAUUCCGGCGCUCAGCCCGUCGACUCACUAUUUUCUGGACCCAUGGCAUUGAUGCAACCCCAGGAUAUGCGUCAAUACAUCUACAUCCUUACUCCCGCUUCAAUCCCACCUUUUCCUGUUACCCAUCCUCAAGGCACUGUGAUACCCCUUGGACGACUAGACAUUUCAUGGCGCUCCUCGUUCGGCGAACCUGGCCGUUUGCUAACCUCGAUGUUGUCCCGUCGAAUACCCCUAGUUCAGCCAGUUCAACCUCUAGCGCAAGUCCCAACUCCGCCACCAAAACAGCCUGCAUCUGCUAUACCACCUCACCUUCACCGUAGUGCAACUGUUGGAUCAUCACCUUCUCGGACCCAAUCUCCUCAUAUUACUCAACGUCCAAUGACCCCUCCCGCCUCAUCGGGCUCACCUGCCCCUUACCGACCUGGGUCUCCCUUCCGCAAUCGUCAAAGUACCGUCGGUCCUGUCGUAGCUCGUCCUCAGUCGCCAGCGCCUUCAUCUCCUCAACCGUCACCCACUCCAACCAUGCAAAGACCUUCAAGCGACAUUGAGGUUGAUCUUCUGGUUAGGGCGAUUCCCCGAGAUGAGCUUUCAGUAGAGAAACCCUUCCGAAUUGCUUUUUCGUUGAACGUUUCUGUGCCUGUUCCCCUUGCGCCCGCUGGCCAGCCGCGCAAAAAACGCAUUGUCUCGUUUGCUGUGCAGCAUGUACAGCCUCCCCGCCUGUCAGCGGCCGCGUUAACUAGAGCUGCCAUUGCAGCGCCUAUUCAUCCAGAAUCGUGGAGCCCUCGUCUACCAUCUUCCGGUUUCUCUACCCCUUCUCCGUACGGCACACCCUACAGGGGUGAUUUCCACGAUGCUUUGGCUCGCAAGUUACUCGUCGCCUCUCCUCGACCUACUCAAACCGACACGGACAGUGAAGCUGGCAAUGACGCUGAUGGUCGAGAGUCAGCUCGAGAGACACCCUUACCAGGAGGAGCACGUAAAGCGCCAGAUGCCAUCACUCUUCCGCCACCAUUCUCCUUGUCAACGUCCGACUCAGCUGACCCAGAAGCGCACCGACAAACACAUGAUGUUGUCUUCCAAGGCCCAUCUGCAAUUUUCUUACCUCCGAUGCAUUUGUCCCCCGCAGAGGGCCAGAACCCGGAGUCGACCACGGUUGCCGAAGUUGACCGUACGCAGCCAAAACAUGAGCGGAACUGGAGCGAGAGUACGAUUACGGACAGCGAGGCUGAUAGCGAGCUGGAUGUCCCGCUUGGACUAGUUCAAAGGUCUACACGGGUAAUUGGUUCCCAAGAUUUCGAGCUUGAUUACCUUCCCUUGCGGUCUGGUUUCAUUGCUGUUGGAGGGGUACGGAUCUUGUUGGUUGAGGAUAGGACACUUGAUGAGGCUGAAGAUUCGGCGGCUAGCGCCGACGCUGGGAGGUCGAAACGACAGGAGAACGUGCGUAGUCUAAAAGAGUAUGAUGUGGUGGGGGAACUGUGGGUCAAAACUAGCUCUGUGUUGGCUAGUGAGGACUAGGUUCUUCACAUGCAUCAUGCAUAUGGACGUGAAGUAUGUAGUAUGAUUGUUUUCUACUGCUGAGAUUUCGUGGCCAGAUUGCUGUAGUUCAUAACUGGUAAGCAUGUCCGUCCCAACUUCGUGUAUGAUCCGACACUAAAAAAUCGAUACAGUAGAUGCAUACUUAGUUUGGCAGUAGACGUGUCUAUUAAUUCCAAUCGCCGCCUGCUCAUAUGCUCCAUUAUGAGCAGUAUGACUGAUUUCUUUGUAGAAUGUGGAAGGCGACUUCUUAUGUUGAAUAAUGCGUGGAUGCUUUUUUCAUGUCCACCCUUUCUACUAACUGAACGGGGCUGACAAUAUGUCAAUUACUCAUCGGAAGAUGUUCU